UAUGACAGACGUUGAGAUUACACCAAAACAUUUGAAAUUUUAAAAAAUUGGAUAAGAAAAAACAGUAUACAAAAAUAUAAUUAUUAGAUUACAAUCAAGAACAAUAGAAAGGUUGUGCUUAAUUUUGCAUUUAGACUUUUCAAAAAUUAUGAAAUUACUCCAACUGCAAUUUAGUUACUCCCAGGAGAGACAACUGUAGUGACUGUUAAAUUAAAGAAUGUUGAAGCUUAAGAAGACUUUAUUUACAUAAGAGGAGAUAAUUUAGAUUGUAGAAUUUCUGUUAGUUUUGAAUGCGAUUCUGAACGUUUGGAUUAAUAUAUUCAUUAAGAUAUUCAAAAUAGAUCAAUUACAUCACCAGGCUUUGGAAAUUUAGAGACAUUUGGUAAUGUUAGAAGUGAAUAGUUUAAUGCAGAAGAGAAUAAAAUACUUCAAUAAAGAAUUAAUUAUUUAACUUAAUAAAAUUAGUUGCUUAAUGAUGCUUUAGAAUAAUUUAUGAAUUAAGAAAUGGAUGGAAAUUCAAUCAAAGAAUUAUUAAAUCACUUGAUUCAAUAAGAAAGAUAAGAAAAUGAAUUUAGAAGUCAAAGAGUAUUACUUAUGAUAGAUGAAAAAGAUAGAGAAAUUGAGAUAUUAAGAUUGUAAUUACAGAAACAUCAAUUCAACAGUAAUACAAAAGAUUAACUUAAAGAAGUAGUUAAAGAAAAUGAAAUAUUAUAAAUGAAGAUAUAAGAUUAUUAAGCUAGAGAAUAAUAUUUUAAUUAACAUUAACCUGAAAGAGAGAGUUAUGUUAUGUUAUAUCGUAAAUAUGAAACUGUAAUUGAUCAAAAUAAAAAACUAGAAUAAAUUAAUAGAUAGAUGAAUGAAGAAAUAGAAGUUAUUGCUAAAAGAUUAAAUGAUAGUGGAUUAUAAAAUUCAAAUAUCAAAAUUGAAGAAACUAGAGAUGAAUUAGUUAAUAGACUUAAUGCUCGUAUUACUUAACUUAAAUUAAGAGAAGAAAAAUUAAUUGAAGAAAAUGCUCAUUUAGAAGAUAUGCUUCUAUAACAAUAAGGAUCAAGUUAAAAUUUUUCAUCUAAUUAAUCAAAGAAUCUAACAGAUGAUUUAUUAAAAAAAGAAUAUCAUAUAUUAGAAAAAUCAAAAAAAGAAUUAGAAAAAAAAUGUAAUGAUACUAUUUCAAAAUCUUAAAUAUUAGAAAAAUAAGUUGAUGAAUAAACUAAAUAAGCUGGUUAUUUAGGAGAUGAAUUAUGGAAAAGUCAAAAAGAAAAUGAAAAAUUAAAAUAAGAAAUCAAAAAAUUAAAAGAAUAAGAUGAAUUAAUUAAAAAAGAAAGAUUAGAAUAUGAAUCUUAAAUUUAUGCUCUAGAAUAAACAUUAAAAUAAGCUAAUAGCUUAUAAGAUGUGAAGGAAGAAGCCAGAAAAAGAUGGGAAAAAGAAUUAGGAAAAUUACAAAGUAGUUAUGAAAUUGAAAUUGUUGCUUAUUAAGAUGAUGCAUAAAAGUUAAAAAAAAUUAUUAAUGAUUUAAAAAAAGAAAACGAAAUUACUAAUACUCAAUUUAAAGAAACACAAUUCAAAUUAGAUUAAAAAAUAUAGUAAUAAUCUUAAUAUGAAGAAUAAAUAUAAGAAUUAUAAUUCAAAAAUUAAAAACUGUAAAAAGUUAAUCAAUAAAACUAAAAUGAUAUUGAAAAAACUAAAAGUGAAUUUAUUAUUCUAAAAGAAAAAACAGAUAUUGAAUUUUAAAGAAGAGAUAACCUUGAAAAAUAACUAUAAGAUAGAUAACUAUGUCUUUAAGAUCAAAUUAAUAAUAUUAUGAAAGAAAAAUAAAUUACAUAAAGUGAAUUGUAAUUAGAAAUGAAUAAAUUAUGCUAAUAGCAUAAGUCAUCUAUUGAUUAAUUAUUAAUAGAUAACAAAUCCUUAGAAUAAUAAUAUUUAUUAGUUUAAGAUUAACUUAAAGUAUAAAGAGAUUAAUAUGCUUAAAGAGAAGAUGCUUUAAUUCGAGAGGUAAGAGCUAUGUAAGAUAAAAUAGAAAAACUAGUUUAAAAUUAGAAGUAAAAGGAUAAAUAAAGGAGAAACAGUAAAAGCAAUAAUUCUUCUGUUGAUAAAACAGUAGUACCUUCACUUAAUAAUAUUGAAGAAGAAAGAAAAAUAUCUGAUUUAUACAUACAGAAAAUAAGAGAAUUAGAAUAAGAAUUAAAUAAAUCCAGAUAAUAAAAAAUGUAAAUAGAAUUUGAUUUUAAUUAAUUUAAAGCAAAAAGUACAUUAUUAUAAUAGGGAUAAACAAAAGAUUUUUAAAAUUAAUCACCUAUUCUUGCAGAUGAUUUAAAUGCACUAAAAGAAACAAUGAUUGAAAUGAGACUUGAAAGGGAUAAAAUUAUCAAUCAACUUUAAGAAAAGGAUUAUUAAAUUGAUCAUCUUAGUUAAUAAAUUCAAGAUUAUGCUUCUCUUGUUUAAUAAUAAUAAGGAAAUCUUGAAUAAAUGGAAAUUAAAUUAACUUAUAUCAAUGAUGACUUUAAAAAAACUCUUGAAUAAAAGAAUUCAGAAUUACAUAAAUUAAAACUUGAACUUGAAAUUAGAGAAGAAUAAAAUUAAGUUUAUUAAGAAUAGAUUAAAUUAUUAACUAAUGAAAGAAGAGAGAUUAAUGAAAAGUUUUACAUUCAAAAUUUUGAAAUUGAAUAAAUGAAAACUAACUAAGAAGAAAUUGAAACUUCAAGAAAACUAUUGAUAUAAGAACUUCGAUAAAAGAUUGAUAUUUUAGUAAAAGAUAAUGAAGAUAAUACUGAAAUUAUUCAAAAGAUUAAUACUGAAAUUGUAAAUUAAAAAGAAAUAUAUGAAGAAAUUAUUGAACGAUAAAAUAAUACAAUGGAAUUGAUUAGUGAGAAGUUUAAUUAAGAUAUGUAAGAAUUAUAAUGUAGAUAAAAUUAAUAUUUCAAUUAGAAUGACGCUUACAAAAAGAGUUUAAAUUACACUAAAGAAUAAUAAUGGUUUAAAGAAUUGGUUUAAUCAUAUCAUGAAAAUGUAGUUUAACUUGCUUAGAACAUAUAAAAAUAGAAAUAAAAUAAUGAUAAAAAUAAAUAGUUAUAACAAACAAUAAAUCAAUAAAAAUAAUAAAUCAAAGAAUUUUCAGAUAAAUUAACAACUCUUUAAGCAGAAAAUUAAAAUAUAUCUAAAUAACUUGAAAAACAUAAACCUAAAAUUCCAAGUCUCAAAAAACCAUCUACAACAAAAUAAAUUUAGUUAGAUAAAUAGAAAUCUGAAGAAUAAGUGCCUAUUACUUUAUUAUUAUAAUAAGGCAAAGUGGCUGAAAUAGAAGUAAAAUCAAAUUAAUAUAAAAUUUAAUUAAAAUUAGCAGAAUAAAAGAUUGAUUAAUUAAAAUAAGCUAAUAUGAUUUAUGAAUAAGAAUUAAAAAAAAGUAAUUAAUAAAAUUAGCAUCUAUAAGAUUUACUUAAAAACAGAGAUUAAACAAUCUAAGAACUAUAAAAAUAAUAUAAAUAAGAAAAUUAAAAAAUAAUUAAUGAAUUAAAUUAAGUUUAAAAUAAAUUUGUACCAGAAGAUAAAGUUUAGGCUUUAAAUGAGGUUAUAAGUUAAAAAGAUUAAAUUAUUUAUCAAUUAAAAGAUGAAUUAUAAAGGAAAAAAGAUGUUGCUGAUUAAUUUAGAGGAGAUAGAGAAGAUUAAAAAUAAAUUGUGGAAAAGCUAAAAAAAUAAAAUGAAGAUUUGUCAACAGAAAAUGAAAAAUUAAAAAGAGUAAAUAAAGAUAAUGAGAGAUAAAAUAUGAAUUUCAAAGAAUUCAAAGAGAAAUAUGAUUAAAUGAAAGCAUAAGAGAAAUAAAUUUAAGAGGAAAUUAAGAGUAUCUAAGAAAAAAACAAACAACUUAAAUAGGACAAUACUAGAAAAGAUGCUAAUAUAAAAGAAUUAAGAGAUAAAAUAGAUUAACUUUCAGUUUAAAAACCUAAUGAUUCUGAAAAAUUAGAUUUGAUAUAAUAAGUUAAGAAGUUAAAAGAAGAAAUAAAUAGAAAAGAUUAGGCAAUAAAACACUUUAGGUAAAAAUUUGAAGAGAAGUCUAAUGAAUUUGAAAUUUAUAAGACAGAUUAUACAUCUAAAUAUGCAUAGACAGUAUCUGAAUUAGGUAUAGAAUAAUUUUAUUUUUAGAAAGGGAAAUGAGAAAAAAUGAAUAGGGAAAAAUUGGAAGCAAGAAGUAUGAAAAUUAAGUUAAUAUGUUAAUAUUUCUACUGAAACGUAUUUAUAGAGAGAAUUACAUGGAAUUAAAUAAAGGUAAUUAAGCUAAGGUUUAGAUAAAGGGUGAAAAUAAACCCAAAAAUAUAGCUAAAUUUUCAGAGUCUAUGAACAUUCUAAAUUUGGGUCCUGAAGAUCUUGAUGAAUUUUUAGAACCAAAUAUUUCAGUAAGUACUGUGAAAAAAUCAAAUAAUAAAGAUUUAGAUAGAUUUGAAUCUUUAUUUACGAAUCCUGAUUAAUUAGAUGUAAACUAAAUUUUUAAUAUGAUCAAUAAUGUAAUUACUGAAAGAAUAAAUUGCAGUUGA